AUGACUAUUACGAGAAACGUAACGGUUGGAGUCUUGGCGUUACAGGGAGCAUUUAUCGAGCAUAUCAAACACUUUGAAGGUGCCACCAAGAGUGGAUAUUCUGAUUACGAGUUUAGCUUUAUUGAGAUUAGAACAGAGGAGCAGUUAGAGAAGUGCCAUGGACUUGUUAUUCCAGGAGGAGAGAGCACAGCUAUUUCAUUGAUUGCACAAAGAACAAACUUGCUUGGGCCGUUGAUGCGUUAUGUUAAAUCAGAAAAGCCAAUUUGGGGCACUUGUGCUGGAUUGAUUUUUUUGUCAACUCAAGUUGAAAAUGGGAAACCGGGCCAACAAUUGUUAGGAGGCAUGAAUAUCCAGGUUAAGAGGAAUGCAUUUGGAAGACAGUUACAGUCAUUUCAAUCUGAUUUGGACUUUUCAUCUUUCAUCCCUCUGGUAUAUGAUUUUCCUACCAUAUUUAUUAGAGCUCCUGUAAUUACUAGUGUAUUAUCUGAUAUUAAUGGGCCUGAAGAUGUGAAUGAUUUCAUCAUUCACACCAAGAAUGACUAUGAGAAUAAAGCUCCAGUACAGAUUUUGCACCAAUUAGACAAUGGUUUGAUAGUCGCCGUGAGACAAGGUAGUAAACUCGGAACUUCCUUUCACCCUGAGUUAUCGGAUGAUUAUAGAUUCCACAAGUGGUUCAUAGACGAGUUUAUAGUAAAGGCUUUAUAA